AUGGCGGGAAGCUCACCAAACGGCACAGCCGCCCAGCACGUAGACUGGUCGGCCCUCCGUUCCUACAUCGCCGGCAAGGAAGCCUUCGAAGCCGAACACGGCCGCCCCGCCCCGCUCACGGAUCACGAGGUCUCGGCCAUCGCCAUCCUCCUCCGCCCGGCCCCGCGACCAGAACCGGACCUAGGCAAAACGAACUGGCUCGGCCUGCUGAAUCAUUUCCAACAAGUCAAGAACCAAAAGAUAACCUUCAAUGAUGAAGCCCGCCAAGAGCCCGGCCUAGGCAAGGCCAAGGAGCUCCGCUGGGCGUGCUCGGCGACCUUUGACAGCACGGGCGACGUCUUCCCCCGGCCGGGCUACGGCAUGGACCCCGGCGAAGACAUCUCCCACGGCGGCGGCGGUCCCACAUUCCAGGGCAAGAAGGACGCGAAGCAGUGGGCCGCAAAGUCCGCCUGCGCGUGGCUCAUCGAUAACGGGCACAUGAUGCCCUCGGGCGAGCUGCCAAAGUUCCCCAAGCCCUUUGCCCCGGCCGCCAGCGCCGCGCUUGCUGCUGCUGUUCCCGCUGGGCGGUCUACCGCCGACUUUUCGUCUGCGCCUGCUGAUGCUGCUGGUGGUUCUGGUGGCGGCACCGGCGGCGGCGGUGGCGGCUCGUCCGGGUCGGUGCUACCCUCCAAGAGAUCCCCGCCGACAGAGAGCAGCGGCUCCGCCGCGGCCGCCUCGAGGAAGAAACAGGACACAACGUCCCAAUCCCCGAGGUCACCCUCGUCGUCACCGACUCACGCCUCCAGCGUCGCCGCCGGCAAGAAUGACAAUAGCAAUGUCUCCAGUCACCAAAAACCGUCUUCCUCAUCCGAAGAGCCCUUGCAUGGUCCAAGACCAACGGUACCCCUAACCGUGAUGACAUCACCAGCCUCUACCAACGUGGAGUCGACAACAACAUCCACGGCGAGCACUCCCUCGCUCGGCGCCGGCGCCCCCAUCACCACCACCCAGUCCCAGGUGCCGACGCCAGCGAUCUCGCCAUUACCGACACCACCAGAAUCGGCAACGUCGGCCGAGAGGCGGGUCCGGGAUCUCUGCACGCAGCUCCACCUCCCCGUGCCCCGCUACAUCACGACGCCGGACCCCGCGCUCGAAAACUUUUGGGACGGCCGCGCCGACUUUGACGGCAGCCCGCGUAUCCCGGGCGAUCUGGGCACCGUCCGGAAGAUCUUGACGAAGAAGGCCGCGAAGGAGAAGAUGGCCGAGGGGAUUCUGGGAUGGCUGGAGGCGGAAGUCGUCAAGAGGGAGCAGAAGGCCAAGAAGGUUUUGUUGGGGAAAGCGAAGUAA